AUGUCUGGAUCAAUCUGUCUGCGGUGCCUGGCCAGGCCGGUAGUAGGCACACUAGAACAAACCUCACUACGAGCCACCCUACAAGCAACCGCAGCCUUCUCGACCAGCGCCGCCCUGGAAGCCAACUCUGCCGUCAAGAAGAAGACCGUCUCCGUCGCCAAACCCGGCCGUGGCGCCAACGCCUCCUUCAACAACAAGGCCCAAGGAAAGAUCAAGGGAAAACAGCAGGGAGGAAGGACUGGCAAGCCGCCAGCCGAAGGCGAGCGCAAGGCCAUGCGCAAAAGAGUGGUGCUGUCCAAUACCAAUGCCGUCGAAGUCCAGGGUCUUGAUAACUUUUCUGCUGCCAAUAUCUAUGAUGCUGCGCUUGAGGGUCAGGUCAUGGGUUUGAGCAACGAGGUCAUUGAUGCGCUGCGUGCGACUGAGGCUUUCAAAGCUACCCAAGGAUGGAGCUUGUUCAGACGACCGGCUACGCUGGUGCGCAAGGAGACGGCCGAGCUUGCCAAGUUGAUGCAGGAUGUCGAGGCCAACAAGACGGCUGUGCGUCGUGUUAUAUACGGAGAGCGUGGCUCUGGAAAGAGUGUGUUGGCUCUGCAGGCAAAGGCCAUGGCUCUGCUCAAGGGCUGGAUCGUCGUACACAUUCCCGAAGCCAAAGAACUCAUCCUCGGCAACUCCUCGUACGCACCCUCGUCGGAAGCAGGCCUCUACAACCAACCCCACUUCACAGCUGCCCUCCUCAGCCAAAUCGCAAAAGCAAACCACACCGUCCUCUCCAAACUGCGCCUCUCCCUUGACCACAAAUUCUCCAUUCCCAUCCAAUCCAACAUCUCCCUCGAUCGCUUCGCAAUGAUGGGCGCCACCGACCCCGAGCUCGCCCCAGAAAUUUACACUGCGCUCUGGAAAGAGCUGACUGCAAAGUCUGGCACAGGAGAAGGCAUGCAGCGCCCUCCAGUGGUGUUUACCGUGGACGGUGUAGCGCACGUGAUGAAAGAGUCAGCCUACAUGUCACCAGACGUCACUCCCAUCCACGCCCACGAUCUCAGCAUCGUGAACCACUUUUUCAGUCUGCUCAAUGGCAAAGCCAAACUGCCCAACGGCGGUAUGGUGCUCGCCACAGACUCUGGCAGCAACAAACCCACAAUCCCCGGUUUCGAGCACGCAGUAGCCAGAAACGCUGCUCUGGCAAAGGGUCAACAGGCACCUCAAUGGGAUCCUUGGGUCAAGGUUGACCAGCGAACAAUCGAUGUGCUCAAUGGCGUUGAUGUUUGGCAAAUCAAGGGCCUGAGCAGAGAAGAGGCCCGCAGUAUCAUGGAGUACUAUGCCAAGAGCGGUAUGUUGCGUCAAACCGUCAAUGACACUCUUGUAGCAGAGAAGUGGACGUUGAGUGGUGGUGGCAUCAUUGGUGAGCUUGAGAAGGGCACUGUCAAGACUCGCAUCUAG